AUGUCCAACGACAAAGCCUCGCACUUUACUCCUACCAACCCAUCUGCGAAUGUCUGGGAUAAUGAGGACGACUCGAAUCUUGACUCGGCGGAUGUUGAGAUGAAUCUCGACGACUUUGUGGAUGACGGCUACAGCUUCGAGCAGCUAGAUGAUGGCUCCAUGUCCAUAGCGCCUAGCAUUCUCGACCAUGCAUUUGAGCAUGGCAGACGCUACCACAAAUUCCGCGAAGGCACAUACGAUAUAAAGCAUGCGAUGGUCGUCAAUACGUGUGAUGGAAAGCUCCACUUUGCGCCCAUCGGGAAGCAUCCGCAGAACAUCCUAGAUCUGGGAACAGGCACCGGGACGUGGUGUAUGGAGAUGGGGGAUUUAUAUCCUAGUGCUUCGAUACUGGGCAUAGAUUUAAGUCCCAUUCAGUCGGAAUGGGUUCCUCCCAAUGUCCGAUUUAUGGUCGAUGAUGUUGAAUCAUCUUGGCUUGAAUCGGAGAACUUCUAUGAUCUCGUACAUGGACGACAUAUCACACCUGCCAUCAAGGAUUUUCCUGCUCUGAUCAGGAGAGCCUAUUCUCAUAUAAAACCAGGGGGUUUUCUCGAAUUCCAGGAAAUGGAACCUUUUCCCUAUAGCGACGACUCCAGCCUUCUACCAACGUCUCCCCUCCUUAAAUAUUACACGUCCAUUCAUCUGGGCCUUAAGAAUCUAGGCGUAGAUCUCGAACGGAGUAGAGACGAACUGACCAAACUUUCCUCAUACAAUUUCAUCAACACACAACACGAAAUACUCAAGAUACCCAUAGGUACUUGGUCCGAAACCAAGAUGAUGAAAACAGUAGGUAUGUACGGCCGUGUUGGCAUAAUAGAAGGUCUUCAAGCUAUGGCUUUGGGGCCCCUUUGCAAAGGGCUAGGAUGGAGCAAAGAGGACGUGGUUACCAUGUGUGAAGAUGUCAAGAAAUAUUUGUCCGAAAGAAAAUGA